AUGAAAGUCAUCUUAUUUUGUGCUAUAAUAUUGUAUUAUCUAAUUAUUGCAGUUGUAAUUAACGGGGAUAACAUUUUACCUAAAAACGCACUUGAGGAACAAGUCUUGGGCGUUUUCGACAAAUGGCGUAAGGGUGGGGUACAUACAAACGUAUUUCCACUUCCGUCAUUAAAGUCAAUAUAUAUAAAUUCUAUACAAAGUUAUUAUGAGGGAAAAGGUAUAAAAGUCGCGUUUUCUAUUGGAGAUAUGGAGCUAACUGAACUUAACAAUUUUACUAUCGAAUCACUGAACGUCGUUCAAACAGUGGACAACUUAGAUAUACAUGCGAAGUUCGCUAUACCAACGUUGACUCUACAUGCCGAUAAGUAUGAACUCCACGGACGAGCUUAUUACGUUUACCCGUUAAAUGGAUCAGGGGCAAUGACGAUCGUGCUCCGGAAUACUUACGUCACACUCAACAUUCGUUUUGCCAAUCAUAAUAUUUCUACAUCAAUACAAGAUUUCUCACUCCAAUAUACGAUAGGUAAAGUGGAAGCUGAUUUAGAAAACAGUUCGUGGCCUUUAACCAAGGUGUUGAACAGCGAAGGAAUACAGAUGCUCAAGAACUUCCAUGACGAAGUCAACAAAGCAUUGACGGACUACGUUGUUCCGUAUACCAAUCAAUAUCUGGCAAAUGUGACAACUAAGCAAUUUUUGGAUAUCAUUUCAGACGUUAGCCUUAAUUCAUAUGUUAUUGAUGAAAAUGUAAAUAAACCA